CUAUAAAUCUGUGUUCACACCACCACACUUUCAUCAUCCCCAUCAAAAUAAUACUAUUUCAGAACCCUUCUUCCUAUAAUGUUCAUCCACCAAAUUUCUUCCAUUAACCUCUCAACGUCCAAAUCAUUUUCUAGUUUACAAAGUAUGUGUCUUGUUCAUGCAUCAUACCAUUCUAAGCUUCCUUUUAUCAUGGGCAAUGAAGUAAUUGUUGUCUCUUUCAGUUGUUAAUUUCUUCUGCACCAGUUUUCUACAUUCUGCAUUUUUUAAAGCAGGGUAGUCUUUUAAACUUGGAAAUUUGUCUUUCUCCACAAAUUAAUGGCUGAAAUUGCCGUUCAAGUAGCGUUGGUGGUAGCGGAGAAGGCGAUAAUCUUCCUCUACUACAAACUCAAUCAUUCAAGUACUGUCCGUUAUGAUGUUCAAAAAGCCAAGAAUUGUUUAGAGAGGAUGCGAGCAUAUUUAAGGGAUUACUCAGCAUCAUCAUCAUCAUCAGAAGAUCGUGAAGGACUUGAAGGGCUUAAAAAUCGUGUAAAACAGGUCCAAAACAUAGCUUAUGAAAUUGAGGAUGCUCUUGACAUGUUCAUGCUUGAGGUUCCUCAUCAAUUCCAUAGCAAUGCAUUCUCUGAGAAGAUACACGGCCUUGUACAUUACCCAGCAGUACGAAAAGCAAGCCACGAGUUCUCCUCCAAAAUCGAAGACAUCAUGGAAAAAAAGCUUCGUUUUCUUUUAGACCUUGAUUCAAUUCACCAAGUUCCGGGACGAGACCAAGAAGGCCGCCCAAGUUCCAGCACCACCAGAAGGGAAGAUAGUCAUUCGACUCAUCGCCGUCUUGAAGAAGAAGAAAUAGUGGGGUUUGAGAAGCCUAAACAGGAACUCAUCAAACAGUUGGUGGAAGGAGAUAACUCAAGGCCUUUUACCAUCAUUUCGCUUGUAGGUCCUGGCGGCUCUGGCAAAACCACUCUGUUGAAGAAUGUUUUCGAAAACAAAAUGGUCCAAGGGUUUUUCAAUUGCCAUGCUUGGAUUGAUGUGCCGCGUGACUUGUGUGACCGCAAACUCCGUGAGCUCUUGCUUAACAUGUUAAGAAAAUUUGACCCGAAAGGCAAAAGGGAGGGACCAGAUCAUCAUGAAGAUCCAGAAGUGCAAUUGAGACAACUUCUUGAACAAAAGAGGUUUGUGCUCGUUUUAGAUAAUGUUUGGUGCAAAAAAGAUUUGGAACGCAUUGUAAAUUAUAUUCCAAAUGGUUUGCCUGGGAGUAAAGUAAUCACAACUUCUCGUAUAUCUGAUGUAGCUUCCGGGAGAGCAAAAUCUCCUGCGCACAUCCAUGAUUUGAGCAAUUUGUUAUCCAAGGAAGAUGCUCGGAGUCUAUUCUACAAGAGGGCUUUUCCUAAUGAUAGAGAGGGAAAGUGUCCACCCGAGCUUAAAGAGUGGGCAGAUAAAAUCCUCAAGAGGUGUGAAGGUUUACCCUUUGCAAUUUCAGCUGUUGGUACUUUGCUAGCAAAGAAACGACCAACUCCACUUGAGUGGAAGAAGUUACAUGACAACCUCGAACCCAAUCUUCCGAUUAUCAGCCAAAUUUUGCAGCCAAGUUACGAGGAUCUUCCAAGCCAUCUUAAAACUUGUUUCUUGUACUUCAGCAUGUUUCCUGAAGACUACUCCAUUAGCCGUGAGAGGCUAAUUCGCUUGUGGGUAACUGAAGGAUUUGUGAUGCAGGGAAAAUCUGAAGGAUUUGUGGUGCAGGGAAGAAAAAAAAAACCAAUAGAGGAGGAUGCAGAAGGUUAUCUCACAGAACUGAUUGGAAGAAAUUUGGUUCAUGCAAGUACAAUGGAGGUCGAUGGACGAGUGAGGAGCUGUCGUGUUUUGAACCUUGUUCUUGACUUCAUCAUCUCAAAAGUGGAGAAUGUCAUUGUCUCAUUUGAUGAAAACUGCAGUUGUAGUACUCCAGAUGAGAAAAUUCGACGCCUUUCUGUUCAUAACGUUAGUAUGACCAAGUUGUCAAGGAAUAGAGACUUAAGUUGUAUUCGUACCUUAUUGGUGUGUGGGCAGGCAAGUUCUCUCUCUGAGCUUCUUAAGACCUUUAGAUUUUUAAAGGUUUUAGAUUUGCAAGGUGUCCCUUUGGAGGACUUUCCCAAUUAUGUUGUUGGUCUCACUCUCUUGAGGUACCUAUGUCUGAGGGAAACCAAUGUUAGAACAGUUCCAAAGUCCAUAAAGAAGCUUGGAUUCUUGGAAACCUUCGAUCUUAAGCAGACCAAAGUGACCAAUUUACCAGCAGAGAUUUAUGCACUCCACAAUUUGCGGCAUCUUCUGGUCUAUCGCUAUGAUGUCCCGAAUUAUGUGACAUUUGGAGCUGCUAGAGGAGUAGAAGUUUCUGCAGGCAAUAUUGCAGCUUUGUCCUCCAUACAGAAGUUGUCACUAAUUACGGUGAAAAACAACAGAAAAAUCAUAAGAGACUUGGGGGAGCUGAAAGGUCUUAGGAAGUUGGGGCUGACAGAUCUUGAAAGAAAAGAUGGAAGGGAACUGUGUUGUUCUGUUCAGAAAAUGGAAGAUCUUUCAACACUUGAUGUAAGAUCAACGAGCGAGGAGGAGUUUCUUGACUUGGAUCAUGAGGAAUUUCCUCACUAUCUGCAACGUCUAUAUUUGAAAGGGCGCCUAGAAAGGCUGCCUAAGUGGAUUUCCCAGCUCCAUAGUGUAGCCAAGAUUGGUUUGAAGUGGUCAAAACUAAAUGCCAAUGAGAACCCACUUGAGGCCCUCCAAGCUUUGCCUAAUCUGAUGGAGCUCGAUUUGGUUCGCUAUUACACUGGGGAAAAGUUGGAGUUCAAAAAGGACACGUUCAAGGAGCUGAAGAUAUUACACAUUGAAGAAUUUGAUCAGCUAAAUACGAUGGUUGUCCAGAAUGGAGCAAUGCCUAAGCUCAAGAAGCUGACCAUGUCCAGAUGUCAGAAUUUGGAGUUACUUCCACUCGGCAUUGAGGGUCUAAGAUCACUCGACGAACUGCUUCUAUAUGACAUGAACAAUCUAUUCAUUGCUAGGCUUCAGAAGGGCAGUGAAGACCGGCAGGUGGUGGAGCACAUUCGAGUCAUUCAUUCUCUCUAUCUCGGGAGCAAUCAACGCUUCACUGGAUUUCAGAAUCUCUCUUGAUUUGCAUUGACUCUAGAGAAGAAGCACGAGGCCACAUUGGGGAGAGUAGCUGAACUGAAGGUGAAGAUGGGUUACAACUCUAUUGAAUUGAAGAACACUAUGG